AUGAAGUUCGCCACUAUUAUCGGCUCGGCUCUGCUGGGCUUUGCUUCUGCUGGUAACACUACUACCCGGAAAACCACCUACGACUACAUCGUAGCCGGUGCCGGAGCGUCGGGUCUGGUUGUUGCCGAGAGACUUGCCAAUGCUGGCCACAAGGUUCUUCUUGUUGAGCGUGGUGGUCCUUCAUUCUAUUCCACGGGUAACCGUGAUGACUUGAUGAAGUGGAACAAAACCGUCACCGCAUACGAUGUUCCAGGCAUGGCCUACUACACCGAUAUCUCACCGACCAUUCAGUGGUGCACAGACAUUGCUGCCUCAGCAGGUUGCUUGCUCGGUGGAUCUACCAUGUUGAACGCUCUCAUGUUUGUCAAGCCCCGAGCUGCCGACUUUCAGGGCUGGCCUAGGGGAUGGCAAUGGGAGGAUGGAGUGUCCGAUGCUGCCAAGAGCGUUUUUGAACGUAUGCCCGGGAGCAUUCUUCCCUCGGCCGAUGGAAAGCGCUAUGAUGAUGGUGCCUUUGAGGUUAUGUCAAAGUUCCUUGAGAGCAAUGGCUGGGAUGAGGUCAAUGCUCUUGAGAACGUCGAGGCGAAGGAUAAGAUCUUUACGCACCCUCCUUGGCUGAUCAGCAAUGGACUUCGAGGUGGUCCCGUGCGUGAUAUUCUACCCGCUGCACAGGCCCUCGACAACUUCAGCUUGCAGCUUCACGCCAAGGUCAUCCGUGCUGUUCGCAAGGGCCCUAUCAUUACCGGCAUCGAAGUGGAGCAUGACGACGGUUCUCGUGAGAUCAUUAGGCUGAGCAAGGGUGGUUCCGUGGUCCUCUCAUCCGGCACCCACUCGACACCUCGAAUCCUCUUCAACUCAGGCAUUGGACCAAAGAAGCAAAUCCGCAUUGUCCAGUCCGGCUCUACGAACGUGAAGCUCCCUCCUGCCUCCCAGUGGAUCGACCUUCCCGUUGGCCAGCGCCUGAAGGACCAUCCCAUUGUUGUCGUGGAUUUCCAGACCAAGAAUAAGCUUCAAGCCCUUCCCAGGGAGGCAUUCACUGAGCCUAACGAUGAGACUGUUGAGUUGUUUGCUGAAGGAAGUGGCCUUCUCUCGCAGUCAGCUCAGCGUCUUAACUUCUGGAAGAGCGUCGAAGGCAAUGAUGGCGUGACCCGCUAUGUGCAAGGCACAGUCAAUGCCCCUGAGAAUAACACCAUCUCAGCCAAGGUCUAUCUCACCCACGGUCUUACAUCCCACGGAACCCUCGAGAUUACUCCUGGGGGCAACACCAACAUCACUCAAAAGCCAUUCCUCAAUACCGAGGGUGACCGCGAUGCUCUCAAGACCUUUGUCGCCGAACUUCUUAGCUACGCGCGUAAGCCUGGUAGCGUUCUGAGUGUGCCUAGCAAUGUCACCGCCGACACUAUUCUCGAGGUUUCGUACAGUGGCAACCAUCACCUCGGGUCGGCUAAUAUGGGAGCCAAGAACGAUGGCAAGAGCGUCGUUGGGCCUGACACCCGAGUUUGGGGAACCAAGAACCUGUUUGUUGUCGAUGGUAGCAUGCAUCCUGAGGUUCCAACUGGAAAUACCCAGGCUUCCAUUAUGGUUGCUGCUGCACACGCUGCUAACAAGAUCUUGGCUGUUUCCUCCAAGCGACACUAA